AUGGAAACUAAGUUAAUUAAAUACCCAGCUACUGCUGAUCCUGCUAAGAUGGCUACAAUGCAGUUAUUAUUACAGGGAGUGACAGGGAGUCAGAUCAGUGUGCCGAUAACAAUCGUUACAUGCGGUAUCGCAAAGAUGUUUGUUGGUGAACUCGUUGAAAUAGUGGGCCUUGCCCAACAAACUAGUAACGUGAAUUAA